AUGAGAAGUUUUGGAGACGAUCGUACAUAUCCUCCUCCAAAAGGGUUGGGAGCCGGUCGUGGAGGGGGUAUUGAUAAGGGUGGAAAAAAGCCAUUAGUUACAGUGGAGACGGACAUGGAGUGGGUGUUAAUAAAGAUCGCAAGUAUAAUGAAAGAGUUUAUGGAUGAUGCUUGUCCUACAUGGAAAAAGGUCAUGCUGGAUGUUCAGAAGAAUAUGUUUAAUGCUUUUCGGGGGAUUUAUCAGUGGCCUGAGUCGGAGGAGGAUAAAAUCUUCGAAGGCUUCAAAAACAUCUUGGACCAUCGAUAUAUAGACAUUAUUAAUGGUGCUAGAAAGGCAUAUGCAUUUGCAGCCAAAAAGGCUGGUCAUGUCUUCCCACCAAAGGAGACUUAUGACUUCUCAGUGAUGUAUGAUUUUCCGACUACUUGGAUCACAUUUGACAAGAAGCCAAGAAGAUGGAAAGAACCUGUGUGGGGAGACGUUUUCAAGCAGACUCACCUUGAAAAGAGUGCAAAGGUGAAGUUAGCAUCUAGAGAGUUGAUUGGGAGCCAACUUGAGCAUUGGGUUAAUGAGAAGUCUUGGACCGUCUUUGACAAAUAUGAGAAGACAAUGUGUGAGAAAUAUGGUCCCGACCCUAGUCAACAUCCGUUGGGUGAUGUUGAAAUAUGGGGGCAUUGUGUUGGCAGGAGAAAGAAGGGGAGAUUUUACGGGGUAGGAUCAUCAGGUCCGGGUAACGUCGUGCCGGGGACACCUUACGAGUGUGGGUCAUCAUCCUAUGUUUAUGCCUUAUAUCAAAAGAAGAUAAAUGAAUUAGAGAGCAUGUUGGAACGAGAAGUGAAGAAACGGGAGGAAAUAGAAGCCAAUUUUGAUAGUGAGGUGAAGUUACGAAAGGACAUGGAAAACCGUCUUCUUGGAAAAAUGAAUGAUCUUUUGAAGAAAUUCACCCGAAGAUAAAAGGUAAUAUAUGAUGGCAUUUAUGAAAGAAUUCUCUAUUGGUUGUUGAUAAUAUUUGACAAUAUGGAUUGAAAUGGUAUUUGAUAAUAUGGA